GAGGGCUCCCGGCCGGAUGCAGUCUCGAUUUGAGCACUGCAGGUCCGAGCUGGGCAGGGGUCUCCGGCUACAGCGUUCAUGGCGUCCCCUAGUAAGGCAGUGAUUGUUCCCGGGAACGGAGGCGGGGAUGUGGCCACCCAGGGCUGGUACGGCUGGGUGAGAAAGGGACUUGAGCAGGUUCCUGGUUUCCAGUGUCUGGCUAGAAACAUGCCUGACCCAAUUACAGCCCGAGAGAGCAUCUGGUUGCCCUUCAUGGAGACAGAGCUGCGCUGUGAUGAGAAGACCAUCAUCAUAGGCCACAGCUCCGGGGCGAUCGCAGCCAUGAGGUAUGCAGAGACACAUCAGGUAUAUGCUCUUAUACUGGUGUCUGCAUACACAUCAGACUUGGGAGAUGAAAACGAGCGUGCAAGUGGGUACUUCAGCCGCCCCUGGCAGUGGGAGAAGAUCAAGGCCAACUGUCCUCACAUUGUACAGUUUGGCUCCACUGAUGACCCCUUCCUUCCCUGGAAGGAACAAGAAGAAGUGGCAGAUAGGUUGGAUGCCAAAUUGUACAAAUUCACCAACCGUGGUCACUUUCAGAACACAGAGUUUCCUGAAUUAAUUAGUGUGGUGAAGUCUAUGCUAAAAGUACCAGAAUAGUCAGGAUGACUCCUGCUCUCCAACAUGCCAGGAUGGGGUAGAACAGCACCUAUUACCACACAGUACCACACUUGAAAUGUCUACGUAUGCUACAGAAGGGCCUGAGAAACAAGCCUGUUUGAACACUCACACUAAGCUAUUGUCAUUUUCAGUUCUCGUUGCUUACCUCUUCUUCAAAAGCUGUAACUAUAGAAGUAUUUUCUGUUUGAUAGGGAGCACAGAGGGAGUUUGUUUAGCCAUCCGACUGAUCCAGGGAGGAAGUCAGAAGUAGAACCAGACAUGGUGGUGUGUUCCUGUAAUUCCAGCACUUGAGAAAGCAGGGACCAGGAGGGGAAGGCUAGCCUGACCCGAUCUCAGAAAAGAAACAGCAAGUAGACUCAGGUAUCCUGAAUCUCAUUCCAAAUUAUAAUUCAGUAGCUUCUGCAAGGUGUGACCCAUUCCUGACAUCCUGGUACUUGGGGAGCUGAAGGAGGUAGAUCUGGAAUUUGAGGCCUACCUAAGCUAAAUAUUUAGUAAAACCCUGUCUCAAAAAGCAAAACAAAAAACUCAAAAAGAAACAAAAACUAAACAAAUUUUUAAGAAACGUAUGAGAAACACCUUUUCUUUUUGAAGUAAAAUUUUUCCCUUACUGGAAUAAAAAAAAAAAUGAUUAAAAGUCCAGAAUGUUCUUAGAAUUCAAAACUCUAGCUGCUGCUUCAAGCUGGCUCAAGAUAGCAAACUCUAAUUUGGGUCUUCAUCAUUCAGAUCCCUGACCCCACCCCAGGUUCUUCUGACAAGUUGAGAGACCAGCGUAUAAGGAUCCUGAGUCAGGAAGCUGCAGGGGACAGAUAUCUGCAUAGCUUGCCACCUGUAUACCGACUUCAGGAAGACUAGCAGGAUCAGGGCAUUGGGAGUGCUGCAGUACAGGAAUGUGACAAAUAUUUGUCUUUUUUCUAAGCUGGGAACUUUAUACAUAUAAUCCCUACAUGAAUUAUGGCAGCUGGCAACUCUACAAUUGAACGAUUUGGAAAAGCUACAAGACAAAGACCAAGUUAUCCAUUUGUUAAUUUAGUCAUAAACGUUUUAGAUUCUCUACAGUACAGGCAGUGAUGGUGCACACCUUUAAUCCCAGCACUUGGGAGGCAGAGGCAGGUGGAUUUCUGUGAGUUCAAGGUCUGGUCUACAGAGCAAGUUCUAGGACAGGCUACACAGAGAAAAAAGAAGAAAGAAAAAGCCCAAGAUAUCCAAAGUGAGCGUGAGGGGCAGUCUGUAAAGUUUUAAGUUGUCCUCCAGAAGAACUUCCCACAGUGCGAGUUCAGUUCUGUAGAGUUCAACCUCUUAACUGCUAGAGAUCAUUCCGGCAUUCCAAGAUUUUUCUUAUACUUUCAUUAAAAAAAGAACCCCUUUUAAAAUAAUGUACUUUAUAUUAACAUAUAUUGGAUUACAAAAUGGCUUGUUUCAUGACAUUUUCACUCAUGUUUAUGUUUAAAAAAUGUAAAAAAAAUAAAACUUUUAUUUCCCAGGAUUUUCUGACUAUUGUGAUGCAAAGAUCUCCAGUGUACUUAAACUUGGUGAUGCAGAACCUGUGAUGGAUGCGGAAAUGUGAGUUUCCACACUUUCAUCCCUAGAUGGGGUGCAAAGCUGUUGUGAGAUGACGUGGGGAACUAAAUGUAAUAUAUGUCAGGAGACUCUUUAAAUUUUAACAGUAGGUGUCUUUGGAGGAGAGACAAUCACAUAGUUCUACUGUGUUUUUUGAGACAGGGUUUUUCUGUCUAACAACCCUGGCUGUUCUAGAACUCACUCUGUAGACCAGGCUGGCUUCCCAAAUGCUGGUAUUAAAGGUGUGUGCCACCACUGCCUGGCAAGUGAAUAUAUUUUUAUUCUGUGGCAGAAAACAAAUUGUGAACUAAUGUUAUUUAUAUAAGUUAAUAAUUUUUUAAGAAUUUAAAAACAAAAGCGAGUAAAUCAUUACUAAUCUCAAAUUCAAGUAGACUCAAACUUGGAUUAUAGGUUUGGUCCAAUCACUGCUAAAAUGUCUGCUGACUAAAUUAGAUUUAUCUAUUAAUGUUUUUAAAUUAAUGUUUUUUCCUAACAUUCAAAUAAGUUGUUUAAAAUCUUAAUUAUAGACUAAUAAAUUUCAGUGUGAGAUUCAGUAACCCCUGACGAAGAGCAUACAGCGAGCGCUCUGUUGAGCUGCACUAUCUUUUUUUUUUUUUCCCGGCUUUUUGAGACAGGGUUUCUCUGUAGCUUUGGAACUGGCUCUGUAGACCAGGCUGGCUUCGAACUCACAGAGAUCCACCUGCCUCUGCCUCCCAAGUGCUGGGAUUAAAGGCGUGUGCCACGAGUGCCCAACUAAACCUUAGUUCUUUAGGUUCUUGUUUCAAGUGCUGGCCAGCCAGCUGGCUCGGGGUCACUGUACUAAACACCAAAUAUCAACUAUUUCCAUCAUAAUAGAAAAUGGUACUUGACCAGAUGUCACAGUACAAACUUCUAACCCAGCAGGAGGUAGAGGCAGGACUGAGUUCAAGAUCCUGUCUUACUGGAACACACUGCUGCAGGGCACAUUUUGUAUUCGUCCUUCCCCUGCCAUAUAGUAAAUCUGAAACCACGUUUCUUCCCUUCACUGUUGAGCUUACGGUUGGGCCAGAGGCCUCCACAUACCAGGCGUGUGCCCCAUCACAAAUUGAAUUGUUGAUUACUCUGCUUAAUUGAUCACCAUCAAAACUCUUAUAUAAAACAUUUAUUGUAAAACUGGAAAUUCUGUAUGAGAAACCACAUAACUAUUCAUUAAAAACCAUUAAAUAGA